AUGGCAGUGGUGGAAGUGGGAUGGAACAUACGUGCGGGUUACGUUGGAGACACCAAAUGCACCAGGCAAACCCCCUCCAUCCGUUGUGCUGAGGUGCCGACGGAGACAUGUUUCCCGUCAAUACUGAUGGCAGCCGAGUCUGUGGGAACAGACAGCAUUCAGACAAUUUGGACGCUUCGCUCCCUGGAACAUCAGAUGGAUCACCACAUGGAGCACUUGGCACAUAUCAUGGGGAAGGAGCUGGGGUGCUCGGAGGAUGAUCCUCUCAUGUUGGUGGUCCCUGAGAUUUGGCAUGAACAGUUCAAUGUGAUGCAAACCUUGUUUCGCGUCAUAUUGGAGUCGGGAUUUACGUCUGCGUUGUACUGCCUCCGUCCGAGUGUCGCAAGGACAUUAGCUUCAGGUAAGGCUUCCGCUGUUGUGUUAGACAUUGGCCACAACCACGCCACAACGACUGCGGUGCUAGACGGCUACGCGCUAAGAGGCACGAUGACAUCAAGUGAAGUGGCUGGAAGCGCCGUCACGUGCCGUCUCAUGGAGAUGCUAGACAAGAGGGAACUAGAGUCGUUGGAAAGCGUGGAACGCUACCAUCUGCCUUCUAUUCGGGAAUGGGCCUUGAAAGACGUUGUCAACGAUGUCAAACGGAUGAUAUGCCGUGUGCGUCCCGGGAGAUCUACGCUUCCUCGGAAAGAGGAGGAAGAGCCACUGGUUUUGCGUGCCCCCGACGGGAGUUUGGUUACUGUGGGAGCGAACGCACGAACGGAGCCAUAUGAGUUGCUGUUUGCGCCUUCAUCUGGAGCAGGGAAAUCAUUGCCUGAUCUCCUUGUGACAUGUAAACGCUGCCUUGAUCCUGAAUGGCAACAGCAGGCAGUUCCGCACGUUUUAUGUGGCGGGACCUCCCAGACGCCUGGCCUUCGUGAGCGGCUGCUAAAGGAGGUGCAACAAAGGGAUUCGUCUUAUUUCCGCUACGAGAAGGAAGGUGCUUUUAACGUAUCGGAAGCAGUGGAUGGCGCAUGGACUGGUGCUUCGCUGGCGGCUGACAGUUCCUCGUUUGCCUCAUUAUGGGUAACACGCGCCGAUAUGGAGGAGGAGGGCGAUUCUAUUCUACACCGCAAGUUGUUUUACUAG